UCGAGCAACCGCCUGGCCCUUUAAGGAGGCAAAGAACAGGCGGCUUCUCCCUCCCCGCGUGUUCAACGGAGGGAGGAUAACCGCGGCCAAGGUGUGUGUGUGAGCGCGGUCGCCUGGCGGCGCGGGGCGGCUGCUCGGGAGAUUGCACCGCCUCUCCUCUUCUAUCUCCCCGCCGGCCGAGGACGGAGCGCCCCUUCUAACGCCAAAGCGGGAGCCAGGAGCAGCCAAAUCCCGGGAUCCCGCGCUGGUAGGAAAGCAACCGCCGGAGCGAUCCCGCCGAAAUACAACUUUUCCCCGCGCCCUGCAGGCACCCCCGGAGGGCAUGAUCGGAGGAGGGCAAGGACCUCCUCCAAAUCCUGAUGCUCCUGUUGAGCAGAAUGGUGCUUUGGUCUCCACCUCAUUUUAGAUCCCAUUUUGCAAAAGUGGUACCUCAGGGAGAGGAGAAGUAUGCGCGAACAGACUCAGACGUUGGUUCAGAUAUCCAGCUCUGAAAUCACAGACCUUAUGCAAUCAUCAUUUCCGGUAGAAGCUAUCCUUCCAUGGUCAUUGCGGGGAUACAUUGAAAGAUUAAUUAUGCUUAUGGAAUAAAAGGAGCAGUUAUUGAUGAGCAAAAUAGUGGGCCAGAAGACAGGCAGACUGGAACGCAUCAGCUGCCGGGGAAACCCCUGGCCGAACUGGAAGCAUGGAGGAGGGGAUUAAUGGAAAGAUGAACCAGGCCCAUAUCCUAUUUGACCGAUUUGUCCAAGCUUCCACUUGCAAAGGGACUCUGAAAGCCUUUCAAGAGCUCUGUGAUUAUUUGGAGCUGAAGCCCAAGGAUUACCGUACUUUCUACCACAAGCUCAAAUCCAAGUUGAGUUAUUGGAAAGCUAAAGCUCUUUGGGCCAAGUUGGAUAAGAGGGGCUGCCACAAAGACUAUAAGAAGGGGAAAGUAUGCGCCAACACGAAGUGUCUCAUUAUUGGGGCUGGACCCUGUGGCCUUCGGACAGCCAUUGAUCUCUCCUUUUUAGGAGCAAAGGUGGUGGUGAUAGAAAAGCGUGAUGCCUUCUCCCGCAACAAUGUUCUGCAUCUGUGGCCGUUCACCAUUCAUGACUUGAGAGGUCUCGGCGCCAAAAAGUUCUACGGCAAAUUUUGUGCAGGAGCCAUCGACCAUAUCAGUAUUCGUCAGCUUCAGCUGAUACUCUUGAAGGUCUCCUUAAUUCUUGGUAUUGAGAUCCAUGUCAAUGUUGAAUUUCAGGGUCUUCUCUGCCCUCCUGAGGACCAGGAGAAUGAGAGGAUAGGUUGGCGUGCACAAGUCUAUCCAAAAACACAUCCUGUGUCGGAGUACGAGUUUGAUGUGAUAAUUGGAGGGGAUGGAAGGCGAAAUACUUUGGAAGGGUUUCGGCGAAAAGAGUUUCGUGGGAAGCUGGCAAUUGCCAUUACGGCAAACUUUAUCAACCGGAAUACCACAGCUGAGGCCAAGGUUGAAGAGAUCAGUGGCGUGGCUUUCAUUUUCAACCAGAAGUUUUUCCAGGAUCUUCGAGAAGCAACUGGCAUUGAUCUAGAGAACAUUGUCUACUACAAAGAUGAUACCCAUUAUUUUGUCAUGACUGCCAAAAAACAGAGCUUGCUGGACAAAGGAGUCAUAUUACACGAUUAUGCAGACACAGAACUGUUACUGUCACGGGAGAAUGUGGACCAAGAGGCUCUGCUCAGCUACGCCAGGGAAGCUGCUGACUUCUCAACAAAUCAGCAGCUGCCAUCGCUGAACUUUGCCAUCAACCACUACGGACAGCCCGAUGUGGCAAUGUUUGACUUCACGUGCAUGUAUGCCUCAGAGAAUGCAGCCAUGGUCCGAGAAUUGAAUGGCCACCCGUUGCUGGUGGCAUUGGUCGGGGACAGUUUGUUAGAGCCAUUUUGGCCAAUGGGAACUGGAAUAGCCAGAGGCUUUCUUGCUGCCAUGGACUCUGCAUGGAUGGUACGAAGCUGGUCCUUAGGAACAGGUCCUUUGGAGGUCCUUGCAGAAAGAGAGAGCAUCUAUAGGUUGUUGCCUCAAACUACGCCAGAAAAUGUCAGCAAGAACUUCAGCCAAUACAGCAUUGAUCCUGUCACUCGAUACCCCAACAUCAAUAUCAAUUUCCUAAGGCCAAGCCAGGUACGUCACUUGUACGACACAGGAGAUCUGAAGGAUAUUCAUCUGGAGAUAGAAAAUUUAGUGAAUUCCAGGACACCAAAGUUAUCGCGGAAUGAGUCUGUGGCCCGUUCUAGCAAACUUCUGGGCUGGUGUCAGAGGCAGACAGACGGCUAUGCUGGUGUGAACAUAACAGAUCUUACAACGUCAUGGAAGAGUGGCCUUGCACUGUGUGCUAUUAUUCAUCGAUUUCGUCCAGACUUGAUAGAUUUUGAUUCUGUAGAUGAAUACAACAUCGAGAAGAAUAAUCAGCUAGCAUUUGACAUUGCUGAGAAAGAGCUUGGAAUUUCUCCCAUCAUGACUGGCAGAGAUAUGGCGUCAGUUAGUGAACCAGACAAGUUGUCUAUGGUCAUGUAUCUCACCCAAUUUUAUGAGAUGUUCAAGGACUCUCUUCCUUCCAAUGAUAAUCUGGAACUGAAUGCAGAAGAAAAAGCUGCUUUAAUCACUAACACUAAAUCACCAAUUUCCUUCCUAAGCAAGUUGGGACAGACUAUUUCACGGAAACGGACCCCAAAGGAUAAAAAGGAGAAAGAUCUGGAUGGCUCAGGAAAAAGGAGGAAAACCAGCCAGUCAGAAGACGAGGACACUUCCAGAAGCUGUCGUGAAGACAGGCCCACCCUUGUAAGUGCCCUGACCGAAAGAAGAAUUGAUGCUGCCAUCGGGAACCAGAAUAAAGUGAAGUCUAUGGCAACACAGCUGCUAGCCAAAUUUGAGGAGAACGCUCCUGUACAGUCCACGGGUCUCCGGAGACAGCCUUAUCAAGACCGUGCUCUCAGCCAUCCUGCCUAUCGACAGCGAGAGCAGGGCCGCCAUGCCCCAAUACCUCAGUGGAAACAGGGUUCAUUAAAAAAAGAAUUCCCCCCCAAUGUUGGAGGCAGUGAUGUCUGCUACUUCUGCCACAAGCGGGUUUAUGUGAUGGAGAGGCUCAGCGCUGAGGGCAAAUUCUUCCAUCGCAGCUGCUUUAAAUGUGAAUACUGCGCCACCACUCUACGCUUGUCCUCCUAUGCCUACGAUUUGGUGGACGGAAAAUUCUACUGCAAACCUCACUACUGUUACAGGCUUUCAGGUUAUGCCCAGAGGAAGAGGCCAGCAGUGGGUCCAUUGUCAGGAAAGGACAACAAAGGGACUGUACAGGACAACAUGGCGGCUGAUGGUGCAGGGCGUGCCAAUUCCAUCUCAGCCUCGUCAGAGAAGACCCCAGCUCCCAACAUAAAUGGCGUAGAGGAACCGAGCCUUGCUAAGAGACUGCGUGGCACACCAGAACGGAUUGAGUUGGAGAACUAUCGGCUCUCGGUACAACGGGAAGAAGACUUGGAAGAAGUGCCAGAGGAGACAUUGGCAGAGCACAACCUCAGUAGCGUGCUAGACAAAGGAACAGAAGAGGAUCUACCCAGCAGUAGCUCAGAAUCUGAGAUAGAGGAGGAGGAGGAGGAAGAGGAAGAGGAGGAGGAGGCAGCAGAGCAGCCCAAGCAACCGACCUCCGAUCUGGGUGGCGUGCCAUGGAAAGAGGCUGUGCGAAUACAUGCCAUGUUGAAAGGGAAGAGUGAGGAGGAGCUGAAGAUUGAGAAAAACCAUGAUCAUGAAAACCAGGAGGAGGUGGAAGAAGAGGAGGAGGAGCUGGAGGAGGAGGAAGAAGAGGAGGAGGAGGAGGAGGAAGAAGAAGUCUCUAGCGAAGCAUCUGACCUUCCCUCCAUCCGCCACGAGGCAGUACAGGCAUGGCUGGAUGCAGCCCCAGGAGCUCUUUGUGAAGAGAAUGAUGAUGAAGAUGAAGUGGGUUCUGAGCCUGCAGAAGCGUUUGAAGAUGGAGACACUGGGGCAGAGUUGGAUGAUGAUGACAUCCCUUCUGAUGCAGAGGCAGAGUGUCGCAUCCAUCAAGAAGAAAAAGAAAAAGAAAAAGGAGAAAAAGAAGAACUGAAAGUCUCUGAGCUCAAGGAAGCAGAAACAGCCACCCCUUUCAUUAUGGCGGAAGAUACCUGUAAUACGUGUCUUCCAGUCCAGUCACCAUGUGAAAGGACUGGCUCUAUUUCUCCGAUUUGUAACCAUAAGGAAGAAGAAAAAGAGGAAUCUCUUUUACCGAUAUUAUACAGAGAAAAGUCUUCGGAUAUCCAUUUUUUCUCUGAGCCUUUCCUCCCGAAAAAAGAAAAAGAAGACAAGAUCCUUGAUGGUCAAAAAGCCCAGAGUCCACCAGCAUCAAUUUCACCAAUACGAUCACAGCCAGUUGCACUGCCUGAAGCUGUCACACCAAUAUCACCUGUAAAACCACCAUCAACAGUAACCUUAGAAUCAAUUUCUCCACCUCUUGCCCCCUUGCCUAUUUGUUCACAGCCUUUACCCACCACUGAAGCCUCCGUUACACCUCCAGCAGAGCCACCGGUGUGUUUUCAGCCAAUCCCAGCUUUUACUUCUACUCCUUUAGCCAAACUUGCUCUAAAAAGUCAAGAUGGGCAGAUGGAGAAACUGGAAAGUCCCAACACAGCAGAAGAGAUUUUGAAAAGGAAUAAUCUUGUGGAGGAAUUCUGGAUGAAGAGUGCUGAAAUCCGUAGGAGUUUGGGCCUCACUCCUGUCAACAGAAGCAGGGGGUCAGACCCAAACUUUACCUACUCACCCAUAGAAUGUGCUCCUCUUAAAUUAUAUAAUUCUGACGCGGGGCCAGAAGAAAAGGGAAUCCAUCCUGUCAAACCACCAAAGGUAAUCAUGCCAAAGUUGGAUAAGGAACAAUUCUCCUUGCUGACACCAACCUCCCAAUCAGAGAAAGAGCUGAAAAACUCAAAGGAUGUGAAAAGAGAUCUCUCCAGCAGUUCUGGACUGGGACUUCAGGGUAGUUCAUCCAACAUGAGGACAUUGGCCAGCCAAAGUUUCAACACAUCGGAUUCCACCAUGCUCACUCCUCCGUCUAGCCCUCCUCCGCCACCACCUCAAAAUGAAGAACCAGCAACGUUGCGAAGAAAAAGGCACCAGGCGAUUUGGCAGAAGGAAUCAGAGCCCAUACAGAUACCUCAGGUGGCACCGGCCAAUGAAAGGAUCCGACCCACCAGAGGUUCCUCUCAACCACCCAGAGAGGAGGUGAGGAAGUCAUUUGUUGAGAGUGUGGAUGAAAUACCGUUUGCUGAUGACGUAGAGGACACUUACGAUGACAGAACAGAGGAUACCAGCCUGAAUGAAAAAUACUACACUCCACCUAGCAAGCCAAGGCCCGAGAAGCCUCUUCAACUGCAUGGGGUUAAGGGAAAUGAUAGGUCAUCGUCCAGUGAAGGAGGAAAGAGAGGCCUUCCUCAGGUCUCUGCUGAAGCUAAGGAGUUAGCUGAGGAAAGGAUGAGGGCCAGGGAGAAGUCUAUCAAAAGCCAGGCCUUACGGGACGCGAUGGCUAAGCAGCUCAGCAGGAUGAAAGAUCUGGAGAUGACCAGCAGUGCUCUGGCUGCAAAAUCGCACAAAGCAUCUACAGCACCCUCAAAGACCAAAGAAUUCGCUUUAGACCCUUCAAAGCAUCCCACUGGCAAAACCAGCCAAGGCCCUACUCUGAAGCACCACGUUAGCAGCGAGAGGUUCUUCCCUCCGUUAACUGACAUUAGUGGUCACGAUGGGUCUAUCACAUCGUCCGAAGGCUCCGGCGGGAAGAAUAAAAAAAGGACUUCUCUCUUCUCUCCCCGGAAGAACAAAAAGGAAAAGAAGUCAAAGAAUGAAAAUAAGCAAUCUGACAAAUCCAGCAGCGCAGCUGAGGAAUCCACAAAGCCCAAAUCCCUUUGGAAGUCUGUUUUCUCCGGUUACAAGAAAGACAAGAAGAAAAAGGCAGAUGACAAAUCUUGCCCCAGCACACCUUCCAGUGGGGCCACGGUGGAUUCUGGGAAGCAUAAGGCAUCUCCAUUGGUUAGAGCAGCAGAUCUGCAACUGCGCCAACACUUAAGCUUCUCCGAGGAUUCUGAUCUCUCCAAUGAAGAUGUCUUAGAACGUUCCUCACAGAGAUCUAAACGAGAGCACAAAGCCUACACGGAGGAGGAACUCAACGCCAAACUGACCAGGCGAGUACAGAAAGCCGCUCGUCGUCAAGCCAAACAAGAAGAACUGAAGAGGUUACACAGAGCCCAGAUCAUCCAAAGACAAUUAGAGCAGGUUGAAGAGAAGCAAAGGCAGCUGGAGGAGAGGGGAGUUGCAGUGGAAAAAGCCCUCCGGGGUGAAGCAGACUAUUGGGGAGAGGCUUAUUACAGUGACCUCAUCGACUUGCAUCUGGGUGGCAUGGGGAAGAAGGAUGACCCUAAGCUGAUGCAAGAGUGGUUCAAACUGGUACAGGAAAAGAAUGCCCUGGUGCGCUAUGAAUCGGAGCUGAUGAUAUUUGCACGCGAGUUAGAAUUAGAGGACAGGCAGAGCCGGCUACAGCAAGAGCUUCGAGAGAGGAUGGCAGUGGAAGAUCAGCUGAAGACAGAUGAAGAACUCUCGGAGGAGAAGAAGAUCUUGAAUGAAAUGCUGGAGGUGGUGGAGCAGAGAGAUUCUCUUGUGGCUCUGCUUGAAGAGCAGCGCCUCCGAGAGAAGGAGGAAGACAAGGAUUUAGAAGCGGUUAUGCUGUCCAAAGGCUUCAACUUGAAUUGGUCCUGAGUGCAUCACCAUGACUGGUUGCUUAUUCUGCAUUGUCCAUUUGGCCUAUGCCAAGUCAGAUGGAGCUGCCUGGUUAGAGGAGACACCUUGGAGCAGGAACUGCUUCAGGAAUCUUGCAGCAGCUAAGUGCUUGAGCCAGGAGCUUCCUGCUUAAGAGGGUUGCUUGUAAGGAUUCAGAGUCCUGGGUGAGGCUACCGAGCCGAGAACGAAGUCGUGAUCUGAGAUUGCGUGCCUUCCCUGAGGACCUGUGCAAGAGGUCAAUGUCUUUGUCUGUGUGUAGGUGGGUGUGUGAGAUCUCCGAGAGAGACUAAAAACGAAAAUAUUUUGUGUGAUUUUUUUUUUUUUAAAGAACUUUAACCGAUUUAGGUGGGCCAUAACCUGUUCAUUUCAUAUUUACCCAACCUGUGGUAUUAAUGGAUUUUGUUCAUUUAAAUAACGAAAGGAAAGGAGUGUCAAAUUGAUCUUCUGAAAGGUCACCUUUGUAGCAGCCUUUGGGAGAGCAAACCACUCACAAAGCACACUGUGUAGAUGCUCUUCUCACCAAAGAAAUCCGAAACUGCCACUGUGGUCCAGGUAUGGAGGAACAUCCAUAUCUGAAGGUUGACGGGAGACUUGGAACACUAAGAACUUGAAAUGUGUUUUUUUGUGACUUCCAGAAAGACAGGAACAGAGGCAGACUCUCCCUCUCCCCUUCUCUGCAAUCUCCACGUGUUGCCAUUGUUCCGAGCAGAUGCAGCAUGCAAACUUUUUUUUUCCUUUCGGCCACGAAGUGCUCCGGACUGAAAGAAGCUGCUUCCCGUUUUUUGAUGACCUUGGACUACUCUAUUGUGAACUCGAUGAGUUGCACAUUUGGACACUGGAAGGUGCUUGUUAUCAAAAGAUGGUUUCAUUCAGAAGCAUUUUGGAGGGGUUCUCGUGGGGAUCGUUCUCCAGCAUCAAACUUUCCAAGAGUGGGCUGGAAAGUAGGUUUUUGAUUCUUUGUGUUUGUGGGAAUAUUUUUUUUCCUUUUUCUUUUCUUUUUUUUCCCCCCUUUGCACAUCGGAAAUGAAGCAGAAGACCUAUCCUGGCCCUUUAGUCACUUUAGAUCCUUUAAUGUCCAUUAACUUAUUUUUUAAUACUUGAAAGAAAAAUUGGUUUUUGUACCUUUUUAAGAAGUGAACAGAUGAGUGUGUGGUAAAUCUGUGUGCCAGCCCGACCUUUGUGUGUUUAAUGCUUUCCCUUCUUCCCUGUAUCUAUUUAUUAGAGUCAUUAUUAAUGAUAUUACUGUUACACAGUACAUUUGAUCUGAAAGAAAGAUGCUUCUAAUUUCCAGAC